CGUUACUGCAGUAAGCAGUGACAGAAAAGGAUUACAAAUCAUUUGAUAAAUAAUAUUGAAUUUCAAGGAACAUGUCUACUACAUUUACCAUCAAUGGGCAGCCGUAUACGGUCAACCUUAGUGAUCUGCCAGCGGAUAUAACUCUGAACACUUUUAUCCGGGAGCACGCCCAACUUACGGCCACUAAGUUUAUGUGUCUGGAGGGCGGAUGUGGGGCCUGUGUUUGUGCAGUAAGCGAUGGGAAAGGCACCCGUACAGUGAAUUCGUGCCUCAAGCUGCUGAAUACCUGUGCCCAGCUGGAGAUCAUUACCUGCGAGGGUCUGGGCAACCAUCUGAGCGGCUACCAUCCGAUUCAGAAGCGACUGGCCAAGAUGAAUGGCACCCAGUGCGGCUUUUGCUCCCCGGGUUUCGUGAUGAACAUGUACGGGCUGAUGGAGCAGCACGGCGGCAGGGUGACCAUGGAGGAGGUGGAGAACUCCUUUGGGGGCAACAUUUGCCGCUGCACUGGCUAUCGUCCCAUUUUGGAUGCCAUGAAGUCCUUCGCCGUGGACAGCAAUGUUGAGGUUCCCAAAGAGUGUGUUGAAAUUGAGGACCUGCAUAUGAGGGCUCGAAACUGUCCAAAGACGGGAAAGUCCUGCAAAGGAUGCUGUAGGCAUACCAAACUAGUCUACGAGGAUGGAUCCCAGUGGUAUUGGCCAAAUACACUGGCGGAGUUGUUCGAGGCGAUGGACAAUAUCGAGGACUCAGAUGAGUUCAUGCUGGUCGGAGGCAACACGGCUCAUGGUGUUUACAGGCGAUCCCCCGAUAUCAAGCACUUCAUCGAUUUGAAUGGAGUGGAGGAACUGCAUCAGCACAGCUUUGAAAGAGAGAAGUUGACAUUAGGAGCUAAUCUUACUUUGACUGAGACCAUGGAGAUCCUUCGCUCUACUUCCAAGCAAUCAGGCUUCGAGUACCUUGAGGUGCUGUGUAAUCACAUCGACCUGGUUGCCAAUGUACCCGUUCGAAAUUUAGGCACUUUGGCUGGCAAUAUUUUGACUAAAAAGCAACAUCCCGAGUUUCCAUCGGAUAUUUUCAUAUCUUUCGAAGCUUUGGAUGCGAAAGUAGUUGUCCUGAAAGAGUUAAAUGACGAAAAGGAAAUUUCACUAGAAGAGUUUUUAGGAGAUGCCGAUAGAAAAAUUCUGCUCAAGGCUUUUGUACUGCCUGCCUAUCCAAAGGAUAAGUAUAUAUACGACUCCUACAAGAUAAUGCCUCGCGCCCAAAACGCCCAUGCCUAUGUCAACGCAGGCUUUCUUCUGGAGCUAGAUUCCGACUCCAAGGUGAACUCUGCUCGUAUUUGUUUUGGAGGCAUUCGUCCAGACUUCGUCCACGCCUCAGACAUUGAGCAGUUGAUGGUGGGACACAGUCCCUUCGAACCCAAUCUGGUGGAGCAGACGUUCAGCAAGCUGGAGAGCCUGGUCCAGCCGGAUGAGGUUCUGCCCGAUGCCAGUCCCGCCUACCGGUCCAAAUUGGCCUGCGGACUGCUCUACAGGUUCCUCCUGAAACACGCCCCCGACUCGGAGGUCAAUGGGAAGUUCAAGAGCGGGGGCGAGCUGCUCCAGCGACCACUCUCCUCCGGAUUGCAGUUGUUUUCCACCCAGAAGCAGACCUACCCCGUAACCGAAGCGGUGCAGAAGCUGGAGGGCAUGAUCCAGUGCUCCGGCGAGGCCACCUACAUGAACGACGUGCUGACCACCUCGAACUCGGUCUACUGCGCCUUUGCUGGUGCCACCAAGGUGGGAGCCACCAUCGAUCAGAUUGACGCCUCUGAGGCUCUCCAGCAUCCGGGAGUGGUGGCCUUCUACUCCGCCAAGGACAUUCCCGGAGCAAACACCUUCACCGAUCCCAGUCUGGGCUACGAGGCGGAGGAAAUCUUCUGCUCGGGACUGGUGCGACACUCCGAACAGCCGGCGGGAGUGGUCGUGGCUCUGACCGCCGACCAGGCUCAACGGGCGGCUAAGCUGGUGAAGAUCAGCUACAGCAAUGUCAAAUCGGACUUCAAGUUGAAGGCGACCUUGAAAGAUGUCUUUUCCUCCGAAACUCCAGAUCAAUCCCGCAUUCUUCCCCUGGCCAUAUCAAAGUUGAAGCAUGUCAAAUUGUCGGACAAACCUGAUUUGGAGGUGAGGGGCAUCUUCGAGAUGGGCCUGCAGUAUCAUUUUACCAUGGAGCCCCAGACCACGGUGGUUAUUCCCUUUGAGGAUGGACUCAAAGUCUUUUCGGCCACCCAAUGGAUUGAUCAAACGCAGUCCGUGAUCGCUCAUACGCUCCAGAUGAAGGCCAAAGAUGUGCAGCUGCAGGUUCGUCGGUUGGGAGGUGGCUAUGGAUGCAAAAUUUCCCGAGGCAACCAGGUGGCUUGUGCUGCUUCCCUGGCUGCUUACAAGCUAAAUCGUCCCGUUCGGUUCGUCCAAUCGCUGGAGUCCAUGAUGGAUUGCAAUGGCAAGCGAUGGGCCUGUCGCUCCGAGUAUCAGUGUCACGUCAAGGCCAAUGGCAAGAUUGUGGGGCUGUCCAACGACUUUUAUGAGGACGCUGGCUGGAAUGCGAACGAGAGUCCUGUGCAGGGACACUCCACAUUUACAGCUGCCAAUUGCUAUGAGUUCACCGACAGCAACUUCAAGCUCAGUGGACAUGCGGUCCUCACGGAUGCCGCCAGCUCCACUUGGUGUCGUGCCCCUGGAUCUGUUGAGGGCAUUGCCAUGAUGGAGAACAUCAUUGAGCACGUGGCCUUUGAGUUGCAGAAGGAUCCAGCCGAAGUGCGACUGGCUAACAUUAGCAAAAAGACUAGGAUGGCCACUCUGAUGCCGGAGUUUCUCAAGUCGAGGGAGUACUAUUCCCGGAAAAAGGAGAUCGAUACGUUCAACGCCAACAACCGUUGGAAAAAGCAAGGAUUGGGCCUGUCCGCAAUGUACUUCCCCGUCAUCUACAUUGGACAGUUUCCGGCCACAGUGGCCAUUUACCAUGCGGAUGGCACCGUUGUUGUCACCCAUGGUGGCAUAGAAAUGGGACAGGGUAUGAACACGAAGAUAGCGCAAGUGGCAGCCUACACCCUGGGCAUCGAUUUGAGCUACAUCAAGGUGGAGUCCUCGGACACCAUCAACGGAGCCAACUCGAUGGUCACUGGCUAUGCCAUCGGCAUCUGCUUUGCGGUCCGCAAGAUCUGCGAGACCCUCAACGCUCGUCUCAAGCCGGUAAGGAAGGCCAAGGCCACUUGGGAGGAGACCGUGCAGGCCGCCAACGCCCAGUUGAUCAAUCUGAUUGUCUCGGAUCACUACAAGACCGGCGACAUGCAGAACUACCAUGUGCACGGACUGGCCCUAUCCGAGGUGGAGGUGGAUGUGCUUACCGGAAACAUUCUGAUCCGGCGGGUGGACAUCCUGGAAGAUGCCGGCGAGAGCCUGAGUCCCUGGAUAGAUGUCGGCCAGGUGGAGGGCGCCUUUGUGAUGGGGCUGGGCUACUGGCUCAGCGAGCUGCUCAUCUUCGAGGGCGACAACGGGCGGCUGCUGACCAACCGUACCUGGAACUACAAGCCGCUGGGGGCCAAGGACAUACCCAUUGACUUCCGCGUCGAGCUGGUGCACAAUGCGAAGCCCGGUGGCGGAGGAUUCAUGGGCUCCAAGGCCACUGGGGAGCCACCCUGCUGCUUGGCCGUCAGCGUGAUAUUCGCCCUGCACCAGGCACUGCAAUCAGCCCGCCAGGAUGCAGGACUUCCGCGGGAGUGGCUCCGCCUGGGGGCUCCCACAACGCCGGAGACCUUGUUGCUCAAUGCCGGUCAUCAAGUCUCGGAGUUCAAGCUGAAAUAGAUCUAUUUCAAGAGCCGUCUUCUCGCAGUGUACCCACAAAUGCGAGUAUUUU